AAAUCCCAGACCUGCCAGAGAGCGGGACCCCGCCAAAUCCGCCAUGCCACUGCACCACCCCGCCCACUUUCAUGUGCAGCAACACAAAAAUAACUUUGGUUUAUCAUUUAGAAAAGUAUUUCAUUGAUGAGGUGGUCUGGUGGCAUGGUGGGUCUGGGGUUCUUACAGAUUUAUACUUUGCUCAAAAUAUCUGACAACAGAUCUUCUUGGGCCACUAUAUUAUUUUUAAAGAUCAAGACAGUAAAGAGUGCACACAGUGUGCACUUUUUAUAUACAUUACAUAUUUACACUUUUUAUUAUCUCUGUUCCAAUAAAAAUGCAAUUCAACUAAACCAUCAUGUCUCUUGUUUUAAUAGUUAUUCCGACUCCCACAUCCUCCCGGCUUAAUUUACACUUAUUUCCGAAUAAUUUACCCGAAGGAAAUGUUGUUAAGAACUCUAAUGUUCACGACACUUUUACCAGUUUACUCCAAAAGUGUGUAAAAAACAGUGUCCUGUACUUCAUAGGUUUAUUUCACACUUGGGAGGGAACUUUGACACUGCCACACUAAACAUGGCUACUUUCCAAUGUCAAAAACCGGCGGCUCGACGAACAAACUGGCGCAUGCGCAAUGCCCAUGCCCGGGUCCCCGAUACAAGAUGGCGGAGACGGUGGGGAGGGAGAGGCGGAGGCGGGUCUGGAUUGAAUAGGGUAAAGCCUGUACCGGAUUCCCAGCAAACCUCUCCAAGGACCGAUGAGGAGAAAUGACGAGUGAAAACCAUGGCACUCUCAAGGGAGAUGCGGCGCUGGUCAUGUCUCCAUCUGGUUCCUCUUCACAAGGGCAGCCUCACCUGCCCUCCACCAGCAAACCCAUCCAGGAGCUCCCAGAUGAGCUGAUCCAAGCUGGAUGGUCCAAGUGCUGGAGCAAACGAGAGAAUCGGCCCUAUUACUUCAACCGUUUCACCAACCAGUCGCUAUGGGAGAUGCCAGUUCUGGGCCAACAUGAUGUCAUUUCUGACCCCUUGGGUUUAAAUGCUGCCCCAGCCUCUGGGGAUGUAGUAAGUGACACUGGUCUGGGAAACGGGCAGCGAAAGAGACGUCUUUCAGAGGAAACCCCCCAGGGACCUAACAGUUUCAAAAGGCCCAAGGUUGAUACUCCAGUGACUCCUACAACCCCCACCAUUCCCAUUUCACCCAGCACACCCGGAACAAAGCCAUGGAGCUCAUCAACAGAGGACAAGCAUGCACCACCACCCCUGCCUGCUCCUGCUCCGUACCGUCCGACAGUGGUCUAUUGGGACCUGGACGUGCAGACCAAUGCUGUGAUCCGGGAGAGGGCUCCCGCCGACUACCUUCCCCCACACCCUGAGAUUGAGCUUCAGCGAGCACAGCUCACCACCAAGUUACGGCAGCACUACCAUGAGCUCUGCAACCAGCGUGAAGGGAUCGAACCCCCACGAGAGUCCUUCAACCGCUGGCUUUUGGAGCGAAAAGUUGUGGACAAGGGCUGUGACCCUUUGCUGCCCAGCGACUGUGACCCUGUCAUAUCUCCGUCCAUGUUCCGUGAAGUUAUGAAUGACAUCCCGAUAAGGUUAUCUCGCAUUAAAUACAAGGAAGAAGCCAGAAAGCUUUUGUUUAAAUAUGCAGAGGCUGCAAAGAAAAUGAUUGACUCGAGAAACGCCACACCAGAAAGCAGGAAGGUAGUGAAGUGGAACGUCGAGGACACAAUGAACUGGUUGAGGAAGGACCACUCAGCCAGUAAAGAGGACUACAUGGACCGUCUUGAGCACUUACGCAAGCAGUGUGGUCCUCACGUGGCCGCAGUCGCCAAGGACUCAAUCGAAGGCAUCUGUACCAAGAUUUACCACAUCUCGGCAGAGUACGUGCGGCGCAUUCGCCAGGCUCACCUGAACCUGCUGAAAGACUGCAAUAUCACUGAUGGCGCUGAGGCUCCAGAGGUGCAAGACAGACUUGUGUAUUGCUAUCCGAUACGGCUGGCCCUCCCCUCACCCCCACAGCCACGUGUUGAGCUGCACUUUGAGAAUGAAAUUGCCUGCCUACGCUACAAGGGCGAGAUGGUCAAGGUCAACCGCAACUACUUCAGCAAACUGGAGCUUCUGUACCGAUACAGCUGCAUUGAUGAUCCAAGGUUUGAGAAGUUCCUCUCACGAGUCUGGUGCCUUAUCAAGAGAUACCAGGUAAUGUUCGGCUCUGGAGUAAAUGAAGGGACGGGCCUGCAGGGGGCGCUGCCCGUGCCCGUUUUUGAGGCCCUGCACAAGCAGUUUGGUGUCUCCUUUGAGUGCUUCGCCUCACCGCUCAACUGCUACUUCAAGCAGUUCUGUUCAGCCUUCCCAGACACCGAUGGCUUUUUUGGGUCACGAGGGCCUUUCCUGAGCUUCUCGCCCGUCAGCGGGUCCUUCGAGGCCAACCCACCCUUCUGUGAGGAGCUCAUGGAUGCUAUGGUGACCCACUUUGAGGAGCUUCUGGAGCGCUCCAGCGAGCCCCUAUCCUUCAUCAUCUUUGUCCCAGAGUGGCGUGACCCCCCAACUCCUGCCCUCAUCCGCAUGGAGUCCAGCCCUUUCCGGCGCCACCAGCUGACCGUGUCGGCGUUUGAACAUGAGUACCGCAGUGGCUCACAGCACAUCUGCAAGAGGGAGGACAUGUACUACAAGGCAGUACACAGCACGGCCGUGAUCUUCCUCCAAAAUGCCGCAGGCUUUGCCAAGUGGGAACCCACCCCUGAGCGGGUCCAGGAACUGCUUGGUGCCUACCGGAUCUCCGGCCGCUCCCUGGCCUCCCCUGGCCCCUCUUCCACUGGCACUGGAGGGGCAGGAGGUGACAGGGAUUCCAGAAUGAGGCAGGAUCAGGGUGGGGGCAGCCCUAUGGAAAAGAGUGGCCUGGACACCUUGAGCGUUUAGGCUGAGUGUGGUGGUGGAGGGGCGGCACUGGGGACUGAACCCACGACAAAGGACCACUGUGGCCUGUUGUACUUGUAGCCACCCACUGCCACCCUUACCCGGUUGAAGUCUACUCUUCUUGCCUGGACUUAAUCUUAGUUUUACUAAGUUGUCGUUCUUGUUAUCGUUCCCGUCAUUGAUGUUGUUGCUGUUUUUACUAUUGUAGCAGAAUUAGUCAUAGUAUUAGUAGUUGUUGUUACUAUAUAUAUUAUAUA